CCCCACUAAUCCAGGUCACUCUGGCCAAGUUCAGCUCGCAGGCGACUUCCCAUUUCUGACCCCGCCGUUAUCGUCGGUGGACGCUAAUCAAGUCGCACUCUCCGCUCGUUUAUCCCUGUUGCACACUCCCUUGCCUUAACUUAUCUCUAUCUCGCGAUGGGUAUCAUCUCGCUCGCCCUUGCCUUGGCGGCCGUAUACUACACCUGGACAUACUUGAAUAAGCCCAAGAAGAACUUGCCUCCUGGUCCUAAGCCUUUGCCCAUCGUUGGCAACAUCUUGAACCUGGUUGCGCGGGAACUAUGGUUGCCCGCGUCCAAGUGGGCACAAGAAUAUGGUGGCAUUGUUUACAUUCAUGUCUUUGGCCAAAGCCUCGUCUUCCUAAACGACUACGAGGUCGCCCUCGAACUGCUAGAAAAGCGCGGUGCGAUAUACUCUGAUCGGCCAGGAUUUGUCAUGGCCGGAGAACUGUGUGGAUGUAAUAACAUGGUGGCAUUUGCACGAUAUGGUGACCAAACACGUCGGCACCGACGUCUGAUGCAACAGGCGCUCGGGAUAUCCAGCAUCCGUCGAUACGAGCCUCUCUUGGAGGUAGAAGUCAAGGAUCUUCUGAAACGCAUGCUCGUGAGCCCAGAAGACUACACCGGAAACAUCCAGCGGUAUGCGGGCAGCAUGACGCUCAACACGGUCUAUGGGUACCACGUGCAGUCGAACGAAGACAAGUACAUCAAGAUGGCGGACGAGGUCGUGAACAUCCUUGCGAACGACAUCUCGUCUGGCGGCGGCAUUUGGCCCGUGGACAUCAUCCCAGCGCUGCAAUACCUUCCUGACUGGUUCCCUGGGAGUGCGUUCAAGCGCAAGGCAGCGACAUGGAAGGCGAAGCUGGAGAAUUUCGUCGACAGGCCGUACGAAUGGGUCAAGGAGCGCAUGCGCGAUGGAACAGCUGUUCCCUCAUUCUGCUCGACCCUGCUGGAGGACCUUCAGGAGCGCUGCGAAAAAGAGGCGGAUCCACAGCGCGAGUCUGACAUCAAGUGGACGGCAAACUCUAUUUACGCGUCUAGUAUCGACACCAUGUUGACGACGGUCGACCACUUUAUUCUUGCAAUGAUCCUGCACCCGGAGAAGCUCGUCAAGGCACAGGAGGAGAUGGACAGAGUCGUCGGCUCCGGCCGCUUGCCGACGUUCGCAGACCGCCCCUCGCUACCGUACCUGGAGGCCAUCAUGAACGAGUCCCUGCGCUGGGGCGCACCCGUGCCGCUCAGCCUGCCGCACCGGCUGAUGGAAGACGACGUCUACAACGGCAUGUUCAUCCCCAAGGGUUCUCUCGUCUUUGGCAACGUCUGGACGAUGAUCCGCGAUCCGAAGCUGUUCCCGAACCCGGAAGAGUUCCUCCCUGAACGGUACCUCGAGACCGUCGACGAGCACACUGCGCGGCGACGCGACCCGCGCAAUUACGUGUUUGGCUUUGGGCGGCGGCGCUGUCCCGGCAAUCAUCUCGCCGAGUCGUCGCUCUGGAUCGUCAUGGCGUCGAUGGUCGCGACGCUCGAUAUGAAGAAGGCCGUGGACGCGCAGGGAAACGUCAUCGAGCCCACAAUCUCGUUCGAAAAUUCCGUGUUCCGCACGCCGAGCCCGUUCAAGUGUGAUAUUCGUCCGCGGUCGGAGCAGGCACUCAGACUUGUGCGACAGGCGACGGAGGCGUGA